UUAUAUUUUUUUCUUUCUACUUUUUUCUUUCGCUUAUUAUUCUAUAAAACCGCUUCUUAACAUGUUUAUAUAUAUAUGCAUGUAUACCGAUGUGCUUAAUAAAAUGAGCAAAUAUAUAUAGCCAAAUAUAAAUAUACUCGUCUGUGUGCAAAAAUAUUGCGUACCAAAAUUUAACAACAUGAUUAAAGAACUUUAUGCGUUAUAAAAUAAUUAUAUAGAAAUAUAAAAUGGUAUCUUUCAGAUCAGUUGCCUUAUUUAAAUUAACCUCUACCUUAAUUUUAAGUAUCAUUCCUACAUGCCUGCAAAAUGAAAACAACAGCGUUAAGGAUUGUCCUCACAACAUAUUAAAUAUGGAAUCAGCAGAAAUAGAAAAAACAGAUGAGUGGAAAGAAAACGAGUGGAAUAAGUGGAAAUUCAAAUUAGAAGAUAAUUGGAAACAGUUUAAUUUAUCAUUAAUAGAAGAAAAGAACAAGUGGAUCCAGAAUAUAACAAAGGACUGGAAGGAAUGGAUGAAAAACAUGCAACAUAAAUGGACGCAUUUUAUUGAAAAUAUAGAUGAACCGCAUAAAUCUUAUAUCCUAGAAAAAUCAUUAACAUGGAAUAAAGCCGAUUGGGAAAAUUGGGUUAAUACCGAACUUAAAGGAUUCAUUGAUAACGACUGGCAAGACUGGAUUAAUAAAAUGGAAUCACACCUUUACAAUUUGAUAGAGGGUACAUGGGUCCACUGGAGGAGCUAUCAAAUCUUGACAUGGCUCAAGAGCGAUUGGAAACAUGACGAAAACAUAUACUGGUUAAGGAAGGAAUAUAUAGAAUGGAACAAGCCUUCGAAGAAAAAUGAAAACCCCUUUAAGAACAUCUGUCAUAAAAGCUACAUUAAUAUAAAUUCCCUUCAAUAUGAACAAUUUAGCUCCACUCCGGAUUUAACGAAUCCAGUCGAAUCGGAACAAGAAUGUGCGGCGAAUAACGUUACAUUGAGUGAAGAACAAAACAAUAACUGGAUGGUGAAACUCGAAAAUGAAUGGAAGGAUUUUACCUCUUCUUUGGAAAAUCAAAAAAUCAUAUGGAUGCAAGAAAAAGACAAAGAAUGGGAUGAAUGGCUAGAAAUAAUGCAUGAAAAGUGGACACAUUAUGACAGAAACUUGAAUUCAACAUACAAAAAUUAUAUUUUGAAAAAAUCCGCAGAAUGGGAUAAUUUUGAUUGGGAAUAUUGGGCCAACACGGAAUGGUAUGAGCUAAUGGAAAAGGAUUGGAAAAAUUGGAUUUAUGGAAACAAGUUGAGUUUGAAUAAAUUAAUAGACAAUAAAUGGAUCAAUUGGAGUAACGAAAAAAUGGCGGAGUGGCUAAUUCAGGAGUUGAAUGAUGAGGAAGAUUCCUACACACAGGCAACAACAAUUGGAGAGAUUUCCAGCGCAGAAGAAAGUGAUGAAAAUUUGUCCAGCUUGGACGAUAAAAUAUUUAGUAAAAAUGAAGAAUGGGAACAUUGGACUGAUAGUAAAGAGAAACUAAUUAAAGAAAUAAAGAACUCUAAUUGGUCAGAAUGGAAAAAUAAUAAAUAUGCCUUGUUUAACCAGUGGAGAGAGUCCUUUAUAAAAAAAUGGAUAAGGGAAAAGCAGUGGGAAAUAAUGGUUAACAGUCAGAAAAAUUAA